CCCCGUCGCCGCCGCGGCUCCCGAGCUGUCAGUGCGCAGGCAGCGCCGCGGCCCCGCUCCGCACCGCGCUCCGCACCGCGCUCAGACCCCAACGCCGCGGAGCCGCCGCCGCGGGGCGCAGCAGAUACAAUGAUGACACUGAACAUUCCAAUCAUCUUUGGCCUCCUUUGCUGCAUGAUUUUUCUUCCUACAGAUGGCUUCCCAGCAGACACCAGUACUGAAUUUCGCUCUGCUUUCUCUGUGGCCAGAACCAGCAGCAUGGAAGGAAGCUCUGAGAUGGUGAUUACCUUUGACAAAGUGUAUGUGAAUAUUGGCAACGAUUUUGAUCCCAAGACUGGAUUGUUCCGCUGCCGGAUCCCGGGAGCCUACUACUUCUCCUUCACCGUUGGGAAAUACCCAAAGAAAAACUUGUCUGUCAUGCUGAUGAGAAACAAGAAUGAGGUGCAGGUGAUUGUGUAUGACGAACAUCACCGCAAGGAACGCAAGGUGGCCAGCCAGAGUGCCAUGCUGCAGCUUGACUACGGGGACACAGUGUGGCUGCGUUUACACGGAGAUCCCAAGUACGCUCUUUACAGCAAUGUGGGGCCCUAUACAACUUUCAAUGGCUACCUGAUCUAUCCAGACACUUCUGCCUUCUUCCAGAAUGCUCUUGACUCUCAAGAGCUCGGGCCACACCCUCACACAAUUCAGCAACUUCCCAGAGAGCAGAAUGAAGCUUUGCAGCGACGCGUGUUGUCUGACCAGCCAAAGAGGGUACAAGACCCUCGCUCUGCAUUUUCUGUUGCACGCUCACAAAGUCUCCUGGGGACAGAUGAGAAGCAAACCCAGCACGAGCCAAUCACAUUUGAUACAGAGUUCGUGAAUAUUGGAAAAGAUUUCAAUUCCUCCACUGGCAUCUUCACGUGCCGUAUACCUGGUGCAUACUAUUUCUCCUUCACCAUUGGCAAAAUGCCCUUUAAGACUAUGUCAGUGAAGCUGAUGAAGAACCACAAUGAGGUGCAGGCCAUGAUCUAUGAUGACAACCACUCCAAGCGGCGGGAGAUGCAGAGCCAGAGCAUCAUGCUGCCUCUGCAAUACGGGGACACCGUUUGGCUCUACAGCCAUCAGCAUGAUGGCUAUGGUGCCUACAGCAACCACGGCAAGUACAUCACCUUCACAGGCUUCCUCAUCUAUUCAGAGGCUCAGCCAAAGUGGCUGCCAGGUGCCAGCUCACCUCAAGGGUCAAACAACUAAAUGCAGAUGUGAAAGGAGAAUAAGAAGAGCUAAGGUGCCAUGAACUUGGGUAUAGCUUCUCUGAAUAUCAUCCUCUAUUUUGAGCAUGCUGUCAUGUGUCCAGUGCUUUCGUUACGCUGCACGCUUGUGCCCUGUCUGCAGGGCCACUGCUGUGUGUGCCAUUCAUCUGUAGAGAGGCCUUUCAGGCUGUAGCUGUGUCCCGUGUUGGUGUUUGAUUUAACAUAAAGCAUGAGGUAGUUUUGGGGCAGGGGGGGCACUGUACUGAGAUGCUGAGGAUCAGAGAACUACUGCAGUCAUGUUACUGCAGAUCUCCAGCAUCCAGAGAGCAAAGAGUGUGGUGGCUUUCCUUGUUUAUCCAGGGAGGGAAUAAAUGUAAUGAAAAUGAAUGUAAUAAAAAUACAAAAUAUGAGAAUGUUCUC